CGUCUAGAGAUUGGAAGCAUCCAAACGUCUCACUCUUCUUCAGCCCCUCUUUCCACUUCAUCCGACAUAUUCACACAAUAUAGUAAAUUAUCUAAAUCCCAGGUGUGGGUUGCGUUAAGCUUAGCUGUAAUGACAGAAAUUUCUUGGAAUUAACUUAAUUUAUUCAAUUCAAGGAAAUUUUAUUUUUGGGUUUUUUUUUUUUCUUUUUUUACAAUUCACAGAAAAGUCAAAGCAAGAGACUGUGAAUUUCUCCAGUCUUUCUUCACUUUGAGCAGCUCCAAAUUUUUCAUCUUUUUUCUUUUUUUUUUCUGGGUUUUCUUUUUGGUAGAGUUCAAUUUCUGGGUAUUGCUUUUGUUUUUUGCUGCUUAAUUUUAUUUUUCUAAGUUGAAUUUGAACUUCAAAUACUGGGUUUUUUUUUGGGUGAAGAAAAGUAAAGUUUGUGUUUUUAGUAAUUCUCUUCUUCUGGAGCUUCACACCUAACCUCUCAAUUAUUGUUGUUUCCUAAUUUAGGUCCCAAGUUUUGUACUAUCUUGCUCAUUUGUAAGUAUUUUUAGACCCAAACUUAGAUUUUUGUGGCUUUUGAUCUGAUUGUAUUGCUAUAUUAGGGUUUACCUAAUUGUGGGUUUGGGGACUGUGUUUCAGUUUUCUUGGGUUUUGGUGGUGAUCACUUCAUCUUCUUUAUUUGGGCACUUUUUUUGAUUCAUAUCUGUUUUGCUGGGGGUGUUUAUGAUUGUAUUUUCCAAAGGAGUUGAACUUCAAAUAAAAGUUGUUUGAGCGGGGUAUUCUUCUUGAGUUGGUAAAGGGUGUUAAGCUUGGUGAUGAUGGUGGUUCAUGGGAGUGAGGGCUGGAGUGGAAGAUAAAACGGCAGCUGCAAUCGGGAUGCCGAGUUUUGAUCCUCCUAUACCAAUCUCUAAUGCACUUGAAGCAACCUCCAUCUCUUAUCGUGUUUCUGAUUUUGGAGUUUUGGAGCAAACAACUGGGUACCUGGUGGAGAAUGCUGUAGGUCUUAAAAACACUGUGAUUGAUUCGACAAAAUAUAGCCAAGAAAUUGUUCCAUCUGAUCCCCGUCUCAGUAUCUCUAUUAAUAAGGCAUCAGGUUUAUCAAACAUAAAUCCAUCUGCUACGCAAUCUCAAGACAGUCAGCAACAAAAUCUGGUAUCUGUUUCUAGUGGUAGUUUGGAGAAUUGGGGAGAAUCUGAUAUGGCAGAUGGUAGUCCAAGGACAGAUAUUUCAACAGAUGCAGACACGGAUGAAAGAAACAAGAGGUUUGAUAGAAUUCAGUCAAUGACUCAUGGGGCUUCUGAUUCGAGUGACAGAUCAAAGGAGACUAAAGAUCAGAAGACUCUUCGACGGCUUGCUCAGAACCGUGAGGCAGCAAGGAAAAGUCGGCUAAGGAAAAAGGCGUAUGUGCAACAGCUAGAGAGCAGUAGACUGAAGCUGACUCAACUUGAGCAGGAGCUUCAACGAGCACGACAACAGGGAAUCUUCAUUUCAAGCUCAGGGGAUCAAGCCAAUUCAACCGGUGGAAAUGGGGCAAUGGCCUUUGAUGUAGAAUAUUCACGCUGGUUGGAGGAGCAGAAUCGUCAAAUCAAUGAGUUAAGAGCAGCAGUCAACGCUCAUGCUGGUGAUGCUGAACUUAGUGUCAUUGUAACAAGUGUUGUGGGGCAUUAUGAUGAAAUCUUUAGACUCAAAGCCAAUGCUGCUAAAAAUGAUGUUUUCCAUCUUUUGUCGGGUAUGUGGAAAACACCGGCUGAAAGGUGCUUUCUGUGGCUAGGGGGCUUCCGUUCAUCUGAGCUUCUUAAGCUGCUUGUGAACCAACUGGAGCCUCUGACAGAACAGCAAGUGAUUAACAUUCAGAACUUGCAGCAGUCCUCACAACAGGCUGAAGAUGCAUUGUCUCAGGGAAUGGAGGCAUUGCAGCAAUCAUUGGCUGAGACUUUGUCAAGUGGCAAUCUCGGCUCAUCAGGCUCAUCUGGAAAUGUUGCAAAUUAUAUGGGCCAAAUGGCUAUGGCUAUGGGAAAACUCGGUACGCUUGAAGGCUUCAUUCGCCAGGCUGAUAACUUACGCCAACAAACGCUACAGCAAAUGCACCGCAUAUUGACAACACGACAGUCAGCUCGAGCUCUUCUAGCAAUUCAUGAUUAUUUCUCAAGGCUGCGUGCUUUGAGUUCCCUUUGGCUUGCCCGCCCAAGGGAAUGACAGCUUUUUAACUCAUUUUUAACUGGGAGUAGCUUUGAAUUAUAUGGCUGGCUGGUGCGAAGUUAUUUGAGAACAGCACGCCAUUCCCAUUCGUUCAUAGGUCUGCAAGUCAUAUUGCCUGUGUAUUAUCGAUGUGAUGACAUACAAAAAUCCUGUACCAUAUUACUGACUAGAAGAGUUCUAUCAUUGUCGAGUAGAUCAAUGGUGGAAUUAUUAUUUUGGCUUGUAAUUCUGUUAUGUAUUAAUUAUUAUGGCUAAAAUAUUUGGAAGUUGAGAAAAACUGUGUUGUUCGAGUCUAAUCUGAUUUA